AUGCCAUCGAGGACCACGUCCACUCUACUCGAAUCACGAUGGGCUCCGCGCCCAGAGGAGUCAAAGACGAAGCGGUCAUCCUCCACGUCCCGAGGGGGGAACCACCCAGCUCCCUCGCAGGAACUGGCCCGCUUCAUGAAAAUUGUCGGGCGAUUAAAGUGGAAAUUGCCCUUUCUGGCGGAGGGUUACCGCCUUGCCACACUCCCCGCCGACGGUGGCGUGGAUGUCGCGCAUGCGGAGAUCAUGUUCAAGAUCGAUUUCUUUGAGUACUAUGCGCUUCUGGAGCGGGCGAUCGUGCAUUUACUCGGCGUCUUCGGCGUGACAGUCACUGGCGCUUUCACUAGAUCGCAUUCGACUCCGAGGCUGGGGAGGAAUGGAUCCCCGGUGGCUACGCACCGGUAUCAUGCCAAUGUCUUGGAUACGUUGGAAAGCGAGAGCUGUCCACUGCAUCCUGUUCUCGGGACUGGAAAUGUGCGCGAGCAGCUAAGGAAGGCGAAAGAACUACGUAAUCGCUGGAAGACAGCCGACAUGUCGAAAGAAGAGACAGAGAAUGACUCGUUUCGUCGACCAAGGGAGACUGCGAUGCCGCUUGAAAGCUACGACUUCGACCAUAUUCUAUCAGAAAUCUUCGUGGGUCUAGAAGAUGGACUUGCACUGGCCCGGGAGCAUGUAGCUAAGAUCGAGAGUGAUACUGGUGACGGCUUGUCGGGCGAUUCAGAGGCAGAUUGGGAUUUCAUUGUCGACGCUAUGGAUUGGGAGGCAGUGUGA